AUGGCAAACUGCUGGAUUGUUCUGCUUGUGACAUUUGCAUACAUAAACCACUCUCUGUGUGUUAGAGCAAUGGAAUAUUCCAGUCCCCAAAGCUGCAAAGAGCUCAAGGAAAGAUAUAAAUUCAAUCAAGAUGGUCUUUAUUACCUGAGCACACCUAAUGGUGUUAUGUAUCAGACGUACUGUGACAUGACGACCGCAGGAGGAGGAUGGACUCUGGUGGCCAGUGUUCACGAGAACAACAUGUACGGGAAGUGCACCACCGGUGAUCGCUGGUCCAGUCAGCAGGGUGGAAGUCCAUAUGUACCUGAGGGAGACGGAUCGUGGAGUAACACCGUCACAUUUGGCACUGCAGAAGCUGCAACCAGUGAUGACUUCAAGAAUCCUGGGUAUUAUGACAUUGCAGCGGAGGACGUGGCAGUGUGGCACGUUCCAAAUAACGAGCGAGUGGAUCGUUGGAAACCAACAUCAUUCCUGCGCUACCACACGGAGAACAGAUUCCUGAGGAGCUACGGACGAAACCUCUACAAUCUCUUCAAGCAAUUCCCAGUGAAGUACAAUGUCGGAAGCUGCCCUGCUAACCACGGUCCAUCUGUUCCUGUAGUGUACGAUGUUGGAGAUGCCAAAUCCAAUCUUAACCUGUACCCACCCAACAUCAGACCAUAUUCUGAACCUGGAUUCAUCACAUUCCGUGCGAUAAACACGGAAAGGGCAGCGACGGCAAUCUGCUCAGGACUCAAACCCAAAAACUGCCACACUGAACACUUUUGUAUUGGAGGAGGUGGACAUUUUCCUGAAGGAUCUCCGAGGCAGUGUGGAGAUUUCACGGCUUUUGACUGGAGUGGUUAUGGCACUCAUGUCGGCUGGAGCGCCAGUAAGCAGGUGACCGAGGCGGCAGUGCUCAUCUUCUACCGCUGAGAGAGAACGUUGCAGAACCAACAGCACACAAUACACACAUCAGUAUAGCCUUAAUUACUGCAUGACUGGGUGUGCAAAAGAUUUAUAAAGUUCAUUCCCAUAGAAUUUACCAAAUCUUUAAGAAUUUAUUUCCGGAUGUUUGGUGCAGGUCAUGUUUUUCUCUCUCU